UGUGAGACAGACAACAACACAAACACACGUUGAGCAGGCUGCGACGGUGUGCUUUCGGAUGAGCGCCGAAAAACGGUUCUCACACAGUAUGACAGGAUGUAGCAGUGGCGAGCGAAAGAAGAAGAAAAGCUUGUGAUAGAGUGCGAUGUGACAGAGGGCCGGAGGUGUAGCCUAGAUAUGAGAGUGACCGGAGCAAGGACAGGCACAGAAGCAGAUCGUAGCGCGAGUACCCACGGCAGGUUAUAAUGAUAGCACCACGGCUGGCGAUUCUAUCCUGAUUUACCGCUUCAUGCAUUUGCUCCAAAAGCUUGUUUCUUGAUGCAACACUGUAUUUUUACGCACUAACCUAACUCUGACUGACACGGUUCAGAGACUCUUGCACAUAGGGGAAAACGGAAAGAAGGAGGAUAGAAUGGUGAGCCAAAACGACUGCUCGGUGAAGGUCUCUUUAAGGAUCCGUCCCCAGAUGGUGAAGGAGAAGAUCGAGGGCUGUCACGUGUGUACACUUGUAACCCCUGGGGAACCCCAGGUGUUGCUGGGUAAAGACAAGGCCUUCACGUACGACUUUGUGUUCGACAUCGACUCGGCGCAGAAACAGAUCUAUGCUGCUUGCGUCCACAAACUCAUCGAGGGCUGCUUCGAUGGAUAUAACGCUACUGUGUUCGCCUACGGACAGACGGGCUCAGGGAAGACGUACACCAUGGGGACGGGGUUCGAUGUGCAGGAGGAGGAGGAGGAGCGGGGCAUUGUUCCACGGGCUGUUCACCAUCUGUUCCUGGGCAUCCAGGAGAGGAAGACACAGGCCCGGCAGCAGGGCACACACCCUCCUGAGUUUAAAGUCAGUGCACAGUUCCUGGAGCUGUAUAACGAGGAGAUCCUAGAUCUGUUUGACGGAGCUAGAGACCCAGACUGUAAGAACAGGAAGUCUAAUAUUAAGAUCCACGAGGACGGCAGCGGCUCCAUCUACACCAGCGGAGUCACCUCACGACUCGUCAACUCUGAGGAAGAGCUGUUAGAAUGUCUGAAGUUGGGAGCGUUGUCCCGGACCACGGCCAGCACCCAGAUGAAUGCUUCCAGUUCCAGGUCUCACGCCAUCUUCACCAUCAACCUCUGUCAGAUGAGAGUCUGCCAACAAACUGAGGAGAAUGGAGGAGUGAACGCAGAGCUGAACGGAGAGGUGAACGGAGAGGUGAACGGAGGGGUGAACGCAGAGCUGAACGGUGUAGGAGGAGGAGAUGGAGGGUCUAUAGCCAAGCCUGAAUACGAGACUCUGAUGGCCAAGUUUCACUUUGUGGACUUGGCUGGAUCAGAGAGACUGAAACGCACCGGAGCGACAGGAGAGAGAGCACGCGAGGGCAUAUCCAUCAACUGUGGACUGCUGGCCUUGGGGAAUGUGAUCAGUGCUCUGGGGGACCAGGCUAAGAAAGGAGGCCAUGUUCCAUACAGAGACUCUAAACUCACACGUCUUCUACAGGACUCACUGGGAGGAAACAGUCGUACGGUGAUGAUAGCGUGUGUGAGUCCAUCUGACCGGGACUUCAUGGAGACCCUGAACACACUGAAGUACGCUAAUAGAGCCAGGAACAUCAAGAACAAGGUGAUGGUGAACCAGGACAAGACCUCCCAGCAGAUAUCUGCUCUCAGGGCUGAGAUCGCCAGGCUACAGAUAGAACUGAUGGAGUAUAAAGGGGGUAAGCGUGUGAUGGGUGAGGAUGGCUUGGAGGGCUUCAGUGAUCUGUUCCAGGAAAACUCAAUGUUACAGAGAGAAAACGACACGCAACGCAUGAGAGUCAAAGCUAUGCAGGAGACCAUCGACCACCUCAACACACGCGUCACCACACUCCUCGCCAACAACGUCAGCACGCUCCUCGCCAAGUCAGGUGAGGGCAACGAGGAGAUUGGUGCUCUGAUCCAGAACUACAUCAGAGAGGUUGAGGAGCUCAGAUCCAAGCUCCUGGAGAGCGAGGCAAUGAACGAGUGUCUUCGUCGCAGUGUGACCCGUCUCUCUUCCCGCUCGCCGUUCCCUUCUUCCUCCCAUAGCUUCACCCCCGGGCCACACCCCUUAGGCUCCUCUCCCCAUUCCCUGUCAAUGGAGGCGGAGAUGACGGACGUGAUUCGCCGAGCCAAGAUGGACAUUGAGAGGCUGAAGAAGAAGGAGAGGAGACAGAGGAGGAUGAGCCCAGAGAAAGAGAAGGGGUUUAAGAAACAAGUGAAGCUUCCCUCUCAUGAGAACGGACAGGACGGACAGAAUGGACAGGACGGACAGGAUGGACAGGACGGACAGAACGGACAGAUGGACUCUGAAGAGAACUACACAGAGGACGGGAUGUCCCCUCUGCAGGAGGAGGAGAGUGGGUGUGAUGAGGAGGAGGAGAGGGAUGAAGAUGAGUUUGACAGUGAUGAGAGUCUUGUGGACUCAGACUCUGACUCUGAUGAGAAAGCUAACUUCCAGGUGGAUCUGGCAGACCUGACGUGUGAGAUUGAGAUCAAGCAGAAGUUGAUCGAUGAGCUGGAGAACAGUCAGAAGAGAUUGCUGCAGCUCAAACUACAGUAUGAAGAGAAACUCAUCCUGCUGCAGAACAAGAUCAGAGACACACAGCUGGAGAGAGACAGAGUACUACACAACCUCAUGUCCAUGGAGAACUACACGGAGGAGAAGGCUAGCAGGAUCAAGUCAGAUUAUGAGAAGAGGCUAAAGGAGAUGAACAGAGACCUGAUGAAGCUACAGGCGGCUCAGAAGGAACACGCGAGGCUACUGAAGAACCAGGGACGCUAUGAACGAGAGCUGAAGAAUCUAGAGCAGGAGGUCAACGAGAUGAAGAAAGCCAAGGUGGCGCUGAUGAAGCAGAUGAAGGAGGAGCAGCUGAGGAGGAGGAUGGUGGAAGCCAAGAGGAACAGAGAGAUCGCUCAGCUCAAGAAGGAGCAGCGAAGACAGGAGUACCAGAUCAGGUCGUUGGAGAGUCACAAGUGUCAGCAGGAGCUUGUCUUACGUAGAAAGAGUCAGGAGGUGACAGCGUUACGACGGCUGGCUAAACCCCUGUCUGGACGCAUGGCUAGACGUUUACAGCCCCCAGACCCUGGAGCUGAACUGUCUCCCAGCACCACCUCCUCUGAACCAGAGUCCAACAGGACCACUCCAACCAAUGUGUCUAACAUAGUGAGACAGUGGAACACCAAGAUGAACGGCUACCUGGGACAGAGCGAAGGGGUGACCACCAACGGGACACGGGUUGUUGGGAGUAGGACUCGUGUCCAGCAGGGUAAGCGGGUUCUGAGGGGUAGUAGCAGUUUCACCAAGGCAGCCCGUCAGAAGUGGCAAACACUGGAGAGGAGGAUUCUGGACAUCGUCAUGCAGAGGAUGACCAUCAGCAACGUAGAGGCCGACAUGGACCGACUCAUCAAGAAGCGUGAGGAGCUGUCCUUGCAGCAGGAGGCACUGUUGCGUAAGAGGGAGGUGCUAAUGGCGGAGGGGGAGGGGCCUGACACAGAGGACCGCCUUGUCCAGGAAAUGAACGAGGACAUUGAGGUUCUGAACGCAAACAUUGACUAUAUCAACGACAGCCUAUCAGACUGCCAAGCUACCUUUAUACAGAUAGAGGAAACCAAGGAGGAGCUGGACUCAGUGGACACCUCAGUGGUCAUCAGCUCCUGCUCUCUGGCCGAGGCCCGGCACCUGCUGGACCACUUCCUCAAGGCCUCCAUUGACAAGGGGUUACAGGUGGCUCAGAAGGAGUCUCAGAUCCGUCUGUUGGAGGGUCAGCUGAGACAGACAGAUGUGAUUGGCUCUGCCCACAAUCACAUCAUCCUGGAUGCGCUGAGAGAGAAGGCUGAGUGUAUCCCUGAGCUGCAGGCACUCAUCCACAACGUACAGCAGGAGAAUGGUAAUGUCAGCACUGAUGAGGAGCCGUCAGAAUUUAGCCAGGCCUCGGAUGGCAGUGUGUGUCAGAUGAAGUCUUCAGCCAGUCAGGAUGACUUCAAGAUGAAGGUCCAGACGGAGCCUCGUCUGUCAGCCCAGAUGAAGGCGGUAUCAGCAGAGUACCUGUGUCCCGUGUUAGACCCCUCUACUAAGAACAUUACUAAGUCCCUGGCCUCCCUGACAGACAUCCUGGAGAACGGGACCAGUAUGAGCGGCCUGAGCCUCACCCUCCCUAUCUUCAGAGACCGGAUGUCCAGGACCAUCAACCUGCCCGUCAGGGGGCACACCUUUCCCAGACAGUCUCACAGUGAUGACACCUCCCCUCUAACAAGGAGGAAGUCUUAUCACCGAGGCCAGGCUUCCAGAAAUGCUGAUGGGUUCACUCCCCCCUCCUCCCCCCCUCUUAGAACCCGGAACGACCGCAAUGUCUUCUCAAGGCUCACCAGCAACCAGAGUCAGGGCUCUGCACUGGACAAGUCAGAUGACAGCGACUCCUCUCACUCUGAGGUUCUCAGGGGUGUGAUCAGUCCCACAGGGGGGUGUGAAGGGAGGCGGACUGCGCCCCUCCAGUGUUCUGCCGUGGCAGAAGGGACACUCUAAACCUGCCUCUGUGUGGACGCUACAGAUGAACUGCUCUUUCUCUCCUCAUCAGACCAGACGUGUAAGAUGUGGAACCUGGUGACGGGACAGGAGAUCGUCACGUUGAAAGGCCAUCCCAACAAUGUGGUGUCAGUCAAAUACUGUUCCUCCUCCUGCCUCGUCUUCUCAGUCUCCACCUCAUACAUCAAGGUCUGGGACAUACGAGACUCCGCCAAGUGUGUCCGCACCCUCACGUCUUCAGGCCAGGUGAUAUCGGGGGAUGCGUGUGCAGGCACCACCACCCGUACCAUCACGGUGGCACAGGGUGAAUACCAGAUGAAUCAGAUCGCCCUCAACCCCUCUGGCUCUGUCCUCUAUGCUGCCGCUGGCAACACUGUACGCACCUGGGACCUCACCAGGAUGACGGCGUUAGGGAAGCUGACAGGGCACAUAGGUUCAGUGAUGUGUCUGACUGUAGGUCAGUCUGUACAGGGCAGAGACCAGGUGGUCACCGGCUCCAAGGACCACUACGUCAAGGUGUUUGAUGUGGCGGAGGGCAUGCUGGGUAAUGUAGGCCCAUCCCAUAACUUUGAGCCUCCUCACUACGACGGGAUCGAGUGUCUGGCCAUCCAGGGAGACGUGUUGUUCAGCGCGUCACGAGACAACGGCAUCAAGAAGUGGGACCUGGAGCAACAAGAACUCACACAGCAAAUCCCUAAUGCCCAUAAGGACUGGGUGUGUGCACUGGCCUAUGUUCCAGGUCGGCCCAUGCUGCUGAGUGCAUGUCGGGGGGGCAUGCUGAAGGUGUGGAACGUUGACAACUUCACCCCCAUAGGAGAGGUCAGGGGCCACGAGAGCCCUAUCAACGCCAUCUGCACCAACUCACGACACAUCUUCACCGCUUCCAGUGACUGCAGGGUGAAGUUAUGGAGCUAUGUCCCGGGUUUGACCCCCUGUCUACCUCGACGGGUUCUGGCCAUCAAGGGUCGCGCUACCAGCCUCCCGUGAGCCUUCACUCCAGCUCACAACCCCGCCUCUGUUCUCCUCUGUGAUAUGACAGUGAAGAUCUGGUCAGCAAAGGAGGGGAAAAAGAGGUGACGGUCGAGCGGAGCGUUAGUGUGACAUCAUCAUCAGUGGCCAUCUUUUACUGAGGGCCUUCACCCCUGAACUCUGACCCUCACACCUCAACCAAUCAGGUGUGACACGACAGGACGUCAUGGUUACCAAUCAUUACCGGGACGACUAAAGUUUUGAUGGCAUGUGUGGUCGCAAAGUUUACUCUCCUCUGAAAAAAACCAUAUUAGGAGUGUCUUGAACUGAAAUGCAAAACAGUGAAGUUUGAUCGUUUUGCCUUUUCUUGUUUCAACUACCAAUCCCUCUCUAAGUGCCAUUGAGAUGUGAUGUGAUUUGGACAAGAUAAAACCUUUCCUGUGCCAGAUAAUGCCUGUCUGUCUGAGGGACGUCCGUAGACACAGAGCUACAGACUGAAUGAACUGCUUCUAUUUAAUACUCCUUCAAUAAGAACCAGGACUCCAGGAAGUGACCCAGGGAGAACACCAUUCCUGCGCUGACUGGACACCUCCAGAGAGGAAGACUGUUACUGUUUCAUUCUCUGGUCUGAGUGCAUUUCAUGUGUUUGAUACCAUUCCAUUGAUUCCGUUCCAGCCAUUACAAUGAGACGUCUUUCCCAAUUAAGGUUCCACCGGCCCACUGCGGUGUACACUACACAGUAGGUAAACCUCAGAGAGGACUGAGGUGUCUCAGUGUACACUACACAGUAGGUAAACCUCAGAGAGGACUGAGGUGUCUCAGUGUACACUACACAGUAGGUAAACCUCAGAGAGGACUGAGGUGUCUCAGUGUACACUACACAGUAGGUAAACCUCAGAGAGGACUGAGGUGUCUCAGUGUACACUACACAGUAGGUUUGUUACAACCACUGAACAGUUUGUUGAGUUCAUCUCAGCCCUGUGUGGUUCCUGUGUCUGAGCCCUAAUGACAUCACCACUGUCACCAGUCCUGUUUGGAGCACACACACACACACACACACACACACACACACACACACACACACACACACACACACACACCGCCAUACUGUCACCAGUCCUGUUUGGAGCACACACACACACACACCGCCGUACUGUCAUCAGACUAGGAGUGCAAGAAUACAUUAAUACACACAUAGGCAGGAUUAUAAGCACAAACACACACACACACACACACACACAUACACACACACGCACACACACACACACACACACACACACACACACACACACACACACACACACACACACACACACACACACACAUUAUCUCCUCCACCCCUACCAAGCAGUCACUCCACAAGGGCCAAAGUUCCAGAUCAUUAUCUCUCUUGUCUUUAUGGAGCCUGAAUCUGCCUCCCUCCCAGGUGCCACCAUAGUCCAUAGUCCCUAUAUAGGGCACUACUUUUGACCAGGGCUCUAGGGCCAACAGGGCUCUAGGACAACAGGGCUCUAGGACAACAGGGCUCUAGGGCUAACAGGGCUCUAGGGCUAACAGGGCUCUAGGGCCAACAGGGCUCUAGGGCCAACAGGGCUCUAGGACAACAGGGCUCUAUGGCCAACAGGGCUCUAUGGUCAACAGGGCUCUAGGGCCAACAGGGCUCUAGGGCCAACAGGGCUCUAGGGCCAACAGGGCUCUAGGACAACAGGGCUCUAGGGACAACAGGGCUCUAGGGACAACAGGGCUCUAGGGACAACAGGGCACUAGGGACAACAGGGCUCUAGGGCCAACAGGGCUCUAGGGCCAACAGGGCUCUAGGACAACAGGGCUCUAGGACAACAGGGCUCUAGAGACAACAGGGCUCUGGGGCCAACAGGGCUCUAGGACAACAGGGCCAACAGGGCUCUGGGGUCAACAGGGCUCUAGGACAACAGGGCCAACAGGGCUCUAGGGACAACAGGGAUCUAGGGACAACAGGGCUCUGGUUGAAAGUAGCACACUAUGUUGGAAAUAAGGUGCAAUUUAGGAGGCAAACCCUAUCUCUCUCCACACUUCAAUAAGCACCAUGCAAAUCACCAUCUCAACCUCUCCCCUCUCCUCUUCCCCAGUGAGUCUGAUAUGCGGUGUGCUUCCUCUUUGAGCUUAUUAGGGGUUCAGUAGCGAAGCUAUAUCAAGCGAUUUGAAAAAAACCUUUGAAGGCUCACGCCCCUGACGCCUCGUUUGAACUUCAGACAUGUGGUAUGUAGGUCCCUCUCCUCACAAGGGAAAUUAUUGCCUCAAGGAUCAUGAUGGAUUUUCCGCCAUUUUGAAUGUUAUGAUAACAUUUACCGAUCUGCACAAAACUUGACAUCUUUCAUCUAUGGGUCCAAGGUCUCUCAAUGCACUAUUUUCCCAGGCUAAUAUGUCAAGCAACGAAUAAACAUGAAUGUGAGUGUGGUCUCACACAUAAAUGACUAUAAAUCAGUCACAGAUAUUGCUAUUUGAAUCAAACUUUGUACACAUGUUGCAAACACUGUCAAGACUCAACAUAUAUGACCGCCCGGCUUGAUUCGAUCGUACGUAGCAACAUUUGAAAUUGUGUUUUUUACAUUGGAUAAAAGUAGAGACUCCGAGCUAUAAAAUAGUAUAUCAUACAUUACAGUUGAGGAACAAUGAGAAAGUAAUUCUGCUUUGAAAGUUGAUAAACUGGUAACCUCACUUUUGAGAAAAUGGCCUUUGAAUAUUUUGGUACCUACUGGAGAGGUCUUUUUUGUCUACACCCAUUCAGCAUUAUUCACACCCUCUGAAGCAUUAGCCCCGCCCAUCUCUUUAAGGAUUCACAUUUGAGGCUAUGUGUCACGUGUGCUCCCUCUCUGACCUCUAGGUCAGCAGGCUGCUCGUUAGGACGCACACCUGUCACCAUUGUUACGCGCACCUGCGCAUCAUCAGACUCACCUGGACUCCAUCACUUCCCUGAUUACCUUCCCUAUAUAUAUCACUCCCUU